UCCCAGUCGCCCAAUCACAUCCCUCGACCGCGAAAUGCAUUCAUCCUCUUUCGCUCGCAUGCACUGGCGCGCGGAAUGGUUAAGAACAUACAGCAAAAUGAGGCUUCGCGCGAGAUUGCUCGAAUUUGGAAGAGUGCGGAUGAAGGGACGAGGAAAAGGUUUGAGGCCCAAGCAGAAGAGGAAAAGAGGAUACACAAGUUGAAAUACCCUGGAUAUCGAUAUGCGCCCAGAAAG